AUGCACGCUCCAUUAGGUAACCCCGAUAGACAAAUUGCCUGCGCAGAACUCAUCGAGGCUUUCGAAAAAUGUCAUGCGCAAGGAAUGAUAGCUCGCAUGACCGGACAAUGUAAUUCGCAAAAAGCAGCUUUAUCAAUGUGUCUAAGGCAAGAGAGGAAAGAUCGAGAAGCGAGGAAUCAUGAAGACGCCAAAGCACGUACGCUGAAGAAAAAGCAAGUCUGGCAAGCACUGGAGAAAGAAAAAGCUCAAGAGGGAGUAUAG